AUGAGCGGUGAGAAGAAACGACAUCGAUGGAAAUUUAGUCCAGUAUUAAUUGAAGAAAAUAUAACAAUCGAUUCAAAAUCUAUAACAACAACAACAAGAACUGAAGAAGAAAAACAUACGGAAAAUACAAUACAUAAAUGGUAUAAUAAUGAUGAUGAUGAUGAUGAUGACGAUGAUGACGAUGACGAUGAUGAUGAUGAAAAUAAUCGAACUAAAACUCAAAAAACCAUAUCAGAAAAGAUCGAACGAGUUCUACGUAAAAUAAAUGCUUGGACAAAUGAGACAACAGCGGCGUCAACAAAUACUAAUGACAAUAAUAUACAAAGAGAACCAGUACAAGAUACAUCUUUCAACAAAACAAAUCUAUCAACGUAUGAUUGUAUCCGUCAGAAACAAGAAUAUAAAGCUCGUUGGAAAAAGCCAACAUCAAAUACAUUAUUUAAUACAUUGCGACAACGAUGUUCUUCAUCAACAUUUGUUGAUCCAAAUCUAAUCAAAAAUCAGCAUAUAUCAGUACAUAGACCAUAUUCAAUGAUAUUUACUAAUGAACCAUUAUCAUCUAUGACGCCUAAAUCAACUAUUUUAAAUACUGAUAAUCAGAAUUAUUUAUAUGAAGAUUUAGAUAGAAAGAAAAAAAUGCCCGAUACCAAAGUUCAGUUUUCUUCAUUUCGUCAUAAAAAAUCAUCUGAUAAACAUCCGGUUUUGAUUAAUUUACUUGAUAAUAACAAAACUCAACGUCGAUCUUUAUUUUCUCCAUAUACUACCAAUUUAGCACCUUUAUCAUCAAUGUAUGGUUCGGAUUUUUUUUAUCCAUCAACAACAACAACCAAACAUGAAGAAGAAGACGAACAACAACAACAACAACAACAGCAACAACAACAACAUGAAUACGAUAAUUUAACCUUUAUACAAAAUUCAUCUCAUCAUAAUUAUGAUCCAUUUCCAAUUCUAGUUGAUUGUCAACAUUGUAAUCGAUCAUCUUUUCGUGAUAUAUCAUGUCAAGUACCAUCAGAUGAUGAUGAUGAUGAUGAAAAGAAUAUCUAUCAAGAUGUUCAAAUUGAACAACGUAAAACAAAACGAUCAUCACCAUUGUAUAUAUCACCAACAUCAACACCACCAUUAUGUCAACCACCAAUGGCAAUUAAUUUAUUAGCACCAUAUCAUUUUCGACGAAAACGUUCAUUAUCAUCAUAUAUUGAUUUACAUAAUCGUUCAAAAUCAGCACCAUCAGCUUCUUUAUCAACAAUAUCAUCAAAAUCAAAUCGUAUAAAACAUUUAUCUGAGAAAAAAAAUUCUAAAAAUUUACAAACAUCACAUUCCCCUUUACAGACGGUUACAACUGUACCGUCUUUAGUACCUGAAUCAGCUCCUGUUACAUCAACACCAUCGACUACAGCCCUUCUUCGUUCUAUAAAAACAUCAAUAUAUGCUAUGAAAAAACGUCUCAAAGAUAUUCGUCGUUUGUCCGAGGAUUCGAACGUAACAACUGUAUUAGACGAUUAUACUGCACGUAGUUCACAAGAAUUAACUGUAAGUAAAGGACAACACGUUCGUGUCGUACAACGACAACCACCACAUGCACCUGAUUGGUGUCUUAUACGUGUAUUAAACGAUCAACAUAAUCCAUCGAGUUCAUCAUCACUUGCUACAUCAUCAACAACAAUUGCAACUGGUUCAAUUGAUUUACCAUCACCACCACCAUCAACAUCUUCAAAAUAUAUUGAAGGACUUGUACCAGCAGCUAUACUUAAAUCAACUAAAUCAUCAUCAUCAAACAUUCAUUCAUUACCACCAUUAGCUCUUUCAACAAAUACGAAUAAAACUGAACAAGAUUCUAUAUUAAAUAAUACAGACGAUUCUCAAUCAAGACAACAACAACAAUCACCAGCUGUUCAUUUUAGUAAACGUAAAGCUAGUUUUAGGCGAAUUCUUAAAAAUCCUGUUCGACGUCUUAGCUUAAAAGAUAAUAAUAGUAGUAAAGAUGGUAAAACUCCAACACCACGUGAAUUAGUAACAACAUCAGCAACUAUUAUAUCAACGGAUAGUGGUGAUGGUAUAUCGAAUAAUAAUAAUAAUAAAAAACAAGCCAUAUCAUCGAAUUCCACAACAUCAUCAAAAAUCAAAGCAUUUACAUUUACAAACUCCGAAGAUUUGACGUUGUUUCCUGAUGAUACGAAUUCAUCAAAUAAAUUAAUGGAUGGUAGUGCUGGUAUGAAUGGUAUUUUUAAAAUGACUGAAUCAUCAUCAUCAUCACCACCAUCAAGUGUAACAACAAUUAUAUCUCCAUCGACUACAUUAGCUGGUGAUGAUUUAGAAAAUGAUGUUAUUGAAGUACCACCACCCAUGGAUAUUCAAGUUCAACCAAAAUUAUCUGCUGAUACAAAUAUUGAUAAAGUUACUACUGACGAACCUUCAUCACUCAAAGAAACAAAUACGGAGAUCAAUACAGUUGUAAGAAAAUUUGUUAAUACGAUUGCACUGGAGUCGUCCAGAACCAAUAGUCCAAAUGUAUCAUCGCGUUUACGUAAAGUACGCGCACCACCAUUAGCAUCUGUUAGUCCAAUCGAAGAUGAUUCGGUUAUUGCUCGACUUGUUCAACAUAUUGCACCUAUUAGUAUUGUUGCCGGACUUCCAGUAAGUGAUUUUCAUAUUCCGACUGCCUUGUCAGUGACGACACCGUCCGUCAAUGAUGUAUCGACAACGAAUAGUUCGAUGCCAUCGUCAAGUAUUCUACAACAAUAUUCAUCAUCAUCUCUAUCAUCAUCUCCAUCAACAAUAAUAACAACUAAUAAUAAUUCAUUAUUAUCUUCAUCAACAUCAACUGUGAUUCCAAAUGAUAAUCUUAAUGAACAAACCGAUGAAAUAUCUUUACAUGAUAUUGAUACAAGUAUUGAUCAAUCAUUAACACUACAAAGUACAACAACAACAACAAAUGAUGAACAUGUUGAUGAUCGAACAAAAUAUGGUGAAAAACGAAGACAUAAUAUUAUUGAAUUAAUUGAAACAGAAAAAGAAUACGUCAAAGAUUUGGCAUUGAUUGUUGAAGGUUAUAUGAAUGUUCUUGAAAAUGAUAAAGAAAUUAAAAAACCAACAGGUCUUGUUGGUCUUGAACGUGUUGUUUUUGGUAAUGUACAAAGAAUUUAUGAAUUUCAUCGAGAUACAUUCUUACCACAACUUGAACAAUGUAUUGAAAAUCCUGAUAUACUCGGUCGAUUAUUUACCACAAAUCGAUUUAGUCCUUAUGUAAGAUAUUGUGAAAAUAAACCACGUUCAGAAUAUAUUGUUUCGGAAUAUCAUGAUUAUUUUGAAGAAAUUCGUAAAAAACUCGGUCAAAAAUUACUUGUAUCAGAUCUAUUAAUAAAACCAGUACAACGAAUAAUGCGUUAUCAAUUAUUACUUAAAGAAAUUCUUAAAUCAACAGAUCGUAUGGGUGAUGAAUCACGUGCUAUACGUAGUGCUUUACAAGUUAUGAUUGAAGUACCACGUUUAGCUAAUGAUAUGAUGAAUGUUGGUCGUAUAAAAGAUUUACCAACUAAUGUACAUCAAUUAGGUGAACUUAAAUUACAAGAUAUGUUAUCUGUUAGUGAACCAAUAACAAAAGAAACAAAAGAUAUAAAAGAAAUUGAAAAAAAAUUAAAAGAACGACGAGUUUUUUUAUUUCAACAAGCUAUGGUUGUUUCUGAAGAAAUACCAGCUAAAGAUAAAUAUUCAAGUCCAAAUUAUAUUUAUAAAUAUGAUUUAAAAAUUAAUAAAUUACAACAUAAAGAAUUUAAACGUAAUAAAGAAUUAUUUCAAUUUAUAUUAGUCGAAGUUGAUGCUGGUAAUACACGUCGAGUUAUAUGUCAAUGUAAAGAUGAUGAACAAUAUGAAUUAUGGGUUACUAAUGUAGAGAAAGUGCUUCAACGUCAGAUGGAUCUUAUCAUAGCUCUAACUAAUCCAACAGCUGCUCUACAAAAAGAGUUAUUGACAUGGGAAUUACCCGAAUGGCGACAAUCAGGUCGACGACAUUUUACCACUAGUGCUCAUACCUUUGUUUCAUCGCAUUCCAAUAUGCAAGAUUCGUCCAUGUCUUUAUUUAUACCAAGUCUAGUAACACCAAUAUCUCGAAAUCAAAUUAAAAAAUCUAUGUCUGAUCGUUCAACUAAAUCUCCUGAAUCCUUAUCACCAACACAUCAUUUAUCAACAUCACCUAAAUUAACUAAUUCAUUAAUAUCACCAUCACGAACAUUAUCUAAUUCUGAUACAUCAACAGUAGAAAAUACAAAUAAAAAAUCAUCAUUUAAUUUAUUUGAUUCAAUAUUACAACGUUCAGUAACAAAACCUUUAACAAUAAAUACUUCAACACAUCAUGAUAUAACACAACAAAAAAAAUUAACAACACAACAAUCAUCAUCAUCAUCAACAACAUCAAAUACACAAUUACCUGAACAAGCACGUUGUUUACAUAGUUAUAAUGCAAUAAAAGAAGAUGAAAUAUGUGUUCAUAAAGGUGAAUAUGUACAAAUUGUUGCUGCUAAUCAAGAUAAUCGAUGGUUUGUUCAUCGUGAUGCUAAUCGAACAUCACCAGCAGCUGAAGGUUGGAUACCAGGUUUUGUUCUUGGACUUAAAAAUCCUAAUUCAAUUAUACAUCAUAAUAUAUCUCCAUCACCACCACCACCGUCAUCAUCAUCUUCUCAACAUCAACAACCGACAUCAUCAUUAUCAGCUAAUAGUCUUCAUCGUUUAACAACAACAACAUCGACAACUCAUCAUCCAACAAUUACUUAUGAAUCAACUUUACCUCCUAAACCUCAAACGAGUACUUGCGACAAGCGUCUUAGUGGUGUUUUACGUUAUUGUGGACCUGAAUUGAAUAUAUCUACGCAUGAACGAAAUAUUUUUCUUGGUCAAUCUUUAAUUCUUCAAGGUCAUGUUAUUGGUAAUCCACGACCAGCUAUUGUUUGGCAACAUCCACAUGGUCAUACAUUAGUUGAUGAUAGUGCAAAUAUACAUACACAUUAUGGAGAUGAUGGAACGAUUCAUUUACAAAUUCGUUGUGUAUCUAUGCAAGAUGCCGGUAUAUAUGAAUGUAUAGCUACAAGUACUCAAGGUACUGUUUCACAACAAAUUCCUGUUCAAGUAAAAGAUUCAAAUGACCAUCAUAAACUUGAACAAAUUCGUUGGUCAUCAAGAUAUCGACCAAAUGAAUAUCGUGAAGUGAAUGAAAUAGCUCGAGGACGUCAUUCAAUUGUUCGUCAAUGUAUUCAUAUAUCAACCGGUGAUGUGUGUGCUGUAAAAUUAAUAUCAAAAAAACUUAUUUCACAUGAACGUGCUUUACAUGAAUAUGCUCUUGUUUCAUCUAUACGGCAUGAUUCAAUUAUUCGAGUAUUUCAUUUUAUUGAAACAAAUUCAUUUUCAAUAAUUAUUUCCGAAUUAAUAUCCGGUGGACGUUUAUUUGAUUAUCUUUGUUUACAAUCAAUAAUAAUUGAACAUAACAUAGCAAAAUAUAUGCGACAAUUAUUAGAUGGAUUAAAUUAUUUACAUAAUUGUAAAAUUGUUCAUUUAGAUAUACAACCAGAAAAUCUUCUUAUUAAUAUUGAAUAUGAUCAAAUAAAAUUAUGUGAUUUUGGUGAUUCAAUACGUUUAUCAAAUAUGAAAUAUAUUCAUCGUAUGAGUGGAAAUAUUGAAUUUGCUGCACCAGAAUUAAUUAAUGGAAAUAUUCCUGUUCAUUAUAAAACAGAUAUCUGGUCGUUCGGUGUUAUUUUAUAUACAUUAUUAUCAGGUCUUUCACCAUUUCUUGAUGAAACUGAUGAACAAACAUGUGCAAAUAUAAUAAAUAUUGAUUAUAAUUUUCCUGAAAGUCAAUUUCCAUAUGCAUUUCAAUCAGCAAAAGAACUAAUUCAAACGAUUUUUGUUCGUGAACCAAGUAAUCGUCCAUCAGCAAGUGAAUGUUUAGUGAAUGAAUGGUUUCAUCAUGCUGGUCAAUAUCAAAUAUCAACAACUAAUUUAAAUAAUUUUAUUGAACGAAGAAAAAUUUUAAGUGAAAAAUCUUAG